ACAGUGCUGUCUUCUGGUGCACCUGAAAUCCAAGAACACACGAUUUAUGAAGUCGGAACACGCGGUUUAUGUUUAUGAAAUCGGAACACUACACUAGUUAAGAUUACGGCUUUGGCACAGUCCAGCAGAAGGGGAGGGGAAAAGAACUCUAUUUAAGUAAUUCUAGACAUCAUUAGUCUUGCUUCACUUAAAAGUUUUACUAAAUGCACGUCUGACAAUAACGCCAUGUUUUAAACAGUAUUUCCCUUUACGCUGUAAUAUCAUGCAACAGCAUAACCUGAACGCAGUUACUUGCAAAAUUGUCCUAUUUAUUUUUAGAUACCUUAAACCAGAUUUGUAGAUAUACAUUCAUUCAUUCAUUCAUACGUAAUCAAUCAAGAAGCAGGCAACCACAGGGAUGAUUUGCGAAGAGUGAUGUUCACGAAGCAAGAGACAGCAGGGAAACCAGCUGCGCCGCUGCGAUUGUAUAUCUAAUGAUAGAGAGUUGUUGCUUUAAAAAAAAUCAGGCAUUAGAAUAUUUAUCUAUUUACGUUUUAAAAGAAAACUUGCAUUUUAAGCUGAAGACUUUGCGGCGAGUGAGCAUGCCCAGCACUUAGCCGCGCGCUCUUCAUUGACAGAACCGCCAAGCAACUCCGCAGUGGUGCCAAGCCAUGGGAUCGCACGUACAAGGAGGCUUCCACCUUGUGCUCGACCUACCUGUCAAGAUCCUGCUUUUACAUUUUACCUUAUCACACAUCCAAGCCUAUGCUGUGGAUCAUUCAUCUCUGACUGGGAGACCAGGAACACACACAAGACUGCCAGCAAGAACAAAUCUCAGUAAUUACAUCGGCAGUAACUGCCCAAUUGGACACUUCCCAUGUGGAAAUCUAACAGUGUGUUUACCUCAAGUGCUGCACUGCAAUGGCGUCGAGAACUGUGAAAAUGGUGCUGAUGAGGAGAAUUGUGGAGAUAACAGCGGAUGGGCUGACAUUUUUGACAAGUCGGUAAAAAAACCUCCAAAUAAGACGAUUCCCGAAGACUGCUUUUUGCAGCAGUAUCCUGAGAACUGUAUAUGCAAGGAAACCGAAGUGGAAUGUGUGGAGGUAAACCUGAAGACCAUCCCUUUAGUUUCCACAAAUGUAACUCUGCUGUCUCUCAAGAAGAAUGAAAUUUGGAAGCUUCCAGAAGACGCCUUCUCAAAAUACACAGAUUUGCAAAACCUUCUUGUGUUUGUUCCCUCUAGGUUUCUACAGAAUAACUGUAUCAGAAGAGUGGCAGGAAGUGCAUUUGCUAAACUCUACAAACUUGACAAACUGUAUCUUAGUCAGAACUGCAUCACUUCACUGAAGCCAGGAGUUUUUAGUGACCUUCAUAAAUUACGUUGGCUAAUUCUUGAUGACAACCCCAUAAAGAAGAUUUCUCAGCAAGUGUUCACAGGACUUCAGUCAUUGAUUUUCUUAUCCAUGGUAAAUAAUAAGCUAGAACAACUUCCAAAAAUGAGAAUGUGCUCGGAGAUGCCACUUCUAAACUGGGUGGAUUUUGAAGGAAAUCAAAUCAAGACUUUAAAUUUUUCCACUCUGAUGAUGUGCAAUGAGCUUACAGUUCUGUCUCUACGUGGAAAUAAGAUUUUUCUGCUACCAGAAGAUACAUUUCAGCCAUUAAAAAAACUGGGAGAAUUAGACUUGUCCAGCAAUGGGAUUAGAGAAUUUCCGCAUCAUAUUUUCAGAGAUUUAAAACUUCUACAGAUUUUGAAUAUAUCAAACAAUCCCUUGAAACAAAUACACAGCAGUCAGUUUGAAAGCUUAAUCCAGCUUCAGUCUUUAGUUCUUGAAGGAAUUGAGAUUCCCAAUAUUCACACAAGAAUGUUUAAGCCUAUGAAGAACCUCUCCCACAUCUAUUUCAAGAAAUUUCAGUACUGCUCCUAUGCACCUCAUGUACGGAAGUGCAAGCCAAACACAGAUGGAAUUUCAUCCUUUGAAGACCUGCUGGCCAACAUCAUACUUCGAGUGUCGGUCUGGGUUAUUGCAUUCAUCACCUGCUUUGGCAACGUAUUUGUCAUCUGCAUGAGGUCUCUUAUACGAGCUGAAAACACUCGGCAUGCCAUGUGUAUCAAAGUAUUGUGCUGUGCCGAUUGCCUAAUGGGAGUGUAUCUCUUCUUUGUGGGAGUUUUUGAUGUCAAAUUCCGGGGUGAAUACAACAAGCAUGCACAGCUAUGGAUGGAAAGCCUUCAAUGUCGGACAAUAGGAUUUCUGGCCAUGCUGUCUUCUGAAGUCUCUGUCAUGCUGCUGGCCUACUUGACUUUGGAAAAGUACUUGGUCAUAGUCUUUCCAUUCAGCAACAUUCGGCCAGGCAAAUGCCAGACUUGUAUCAUUCUGGGCUCAAUAUGGGUUAUUGGAUUUUUAAUUGCUGUCAUCCCACUAAUGAGUGAGGAUUUCUUUGGGAAUUAUUACGGAAGAAAUGGAGUUUGUUUUCCACUCCAUUCUGAUCAACUGGAAAAGCCAGCAGCGAGAGGUUACUCAACUGGAAUAUUUCUAGGACUGAACUUGAUAGCCUUCCUCAUCAUCGUGUUUUCUUACACGAGUAUGUUCUACUCCAUCUACAAAACUGGACUGCAGACUACUGACAUGCAGAAUCGCCUUCACCGGGAUGUUGCUGUUGCCAACAGAUUUUUCUUUAUCGUGUUCUCUGAUGCCCUCUGCUGGAUACCAAUAUUCUUAGUGAAAAUCCUCUCACUGCUGGAAGUGGAGAUUCCAGGAACAAUAACGUCGUGGGUGGUGAUAUUUAUUCUCCCCAUCAACAGUGCCUUGAACCCCAUUCUUUACACUCUUACUACAAGCUUCUUUAAAGAAAAAGUGGAACUCCUGCUCUGCAAGUGGCAACAAAAUGCAUCUAACAGGAAAAGCAGAAAAAGUGUGUCAAGUUCAGUUGUUUAUAUCGACAGCUCCCGGCACCCUUCAUUACAUUUAGGAUUUUUCCAAAGAAUAUCAAUCUGAGAGACGGAGGCAAUACACUCAUGUGGAAGAAGUGAAAUGUAAGGCCAGCUAUGGAGCAUCCAUUGCAUCAGCAGGUGGGAUCAAAUAAAAACUGUGCAUCCACACUUAACUAUUGGCAGCUUCACAGCUUAUGAACGAGGGUUACAUCCUAAAGCGACUGUUCACAAAUUAUCAGGGCUGAAGAGAACUCUUUCAUAUCUCAGCUAAAGACUGUCAUGAAACACAAUGAGGACACAUUGACAGUUUAUACUUGAGGUCACCAACCAACAAGCAGCUAAUUGUCAGCUAAAGCUACAUUUACACACACAACAUAAAGAAUACCUUUUCCUUAAGCUAUUUCAUUCAUGGAAUUCUUAAUUUAAAAUAAAUAAUGUAUUCUAUAUAUAAUAAUAUAUUUUGACUACUGAAUAUUGUAUUGGUGACACAAGUAAAGGGUAUGAAACAUGGCAGUUCGCUAUUCUAAAAAGAUAGGGUGACAUUUAAUAUGAACAUAGUGGUUCAUAAUUCCAGUAUAUUAGGAAUUAAAUGAAGUAUGUGUUCUUGAGGUUUGCUUUUUUCUUUAGCAGUAUAGCAGAAAUGCAGCAAACAUAAUGUAUGACAAUUUCAAAAGCAGUCUUACGUGGUGUUAUGCAGUACAUAAAAUAAAAUGUAUGACAAGGUUCAGCUGAAUUGAGCGCCACAGUCUAAAUGUCUGACGGCAUCUUGUACUAGCAGGGUGUUACCUUAGCCUGGGGUUUUUAUGUAAAAUUUUUGAUGCAUUGCCCACUUUAUUUUUUUAAUACUUUCCCUCCUGGUGAUAUUUGUAUUACUUUAUUGCCUGCUACUGGAGAUUUUUAUUAUUGUGACAGCAUUGUUUGAGGCAUUGAGAAUCAACUUCAAAUUACCUUCAUGAAUCCUGUACCUGUAGGGCUGGGGAGGCCGAGUGUCAUUUCUCCAGGCUAAGCGACUCGAUGCGGUGUGCUAUGCAGAUGUUGUUGUUGAUUUCUGUUCCAUUAAGGGUUUCACUGUGUUCCUUUUAUGUGCAUUUAAAACUAAGAACCAUUUAAGGGUUUGGUCUUUCAAAUGAAAACAUAGCAUUGCUUAUCAUACACGACUAUUUUGUCUGCUGGCAAACAAUGAGAUAUUGUUUUUGUCCUAUGCAAGUGUGAGCCCCGUUUUCUUCAUCGUGAAAUUCUAUAUAACCUGCUUGAAAAUUGUGUCAACCUCAUGGUGCUGUUAGUCCCUCUAUGCGGAAAUAAACCAUAGGCAUUAAAAAUAUACAGGUGAGCUAACCAUUGGAGAUGAAAAAGAUGUCCUGUAGAACAACAACCCAGUGGUGCUGUUAAUGUUCUGAAAGGGAACUGUCACCUCCUAGUAAUUAAUCUAUAUAUUAACAAAGGCUGAAGAGGAUAUGUCACUUUCCAGUAAUUAUUUAAUCUAUUAACUGCUUUUGAAGUGGUAAAACAUCAAAAUAAUUAUUAAAUAAAGGAAACAGAAAGGGAGGAAAAAAGAGCCUUUGAAGGACAGUGUAUUGUAGUUUGCAACUAUGCAUAACCUGUGUAGAGUUUCAAAUUUUACAUACUGUGACAGAUUGGGGGCACUAUCGCUCCCUUGAACCCCUGUCCACGACUCCAGACACCAGGUAAAAGUCCAA